AAUAACCAGCUGUGUGGGGAUUACGACCACCACAGCUGUGCGCAGACAGAAGAAAACGCAGGGGCUGGGGGGGAAAGAGCGACUGUGCUGGCCUGCUGCUCGUUCGAGACUUCAAGUUCGAGAUUUCUUGUUCGAGACUUCAAGUUCGAGAUUUCUUGUUCACUUGUUCAAUCAUCCUCAGGCAAAGAAAGAAAGAACCCUGGCUGGCUGGCUAUAAUUGAACAAGUCAGUCAGUCUGUCAUUAUAAAUGCCCUUCUUGACGACCCACAUAAACACUCAGGUUGCUGCAUUCCAACUUAUGGACGACAACUUUUCAUUUUCAGGUCUGAUGUAAACAAACACACACCUUAUCACACCCUUUCUUUAUACACUUAAUCAAUUUAAUUUGGGAAAAUGACAGAAUUAUUCAGCCAUACCGCUUCCAGACAGUUAUCACAAAUGUUUUUUGCAGUACUCUUGUUUCACGGUUCUGAAUAUCUUUUAGCUAUCAUAUUUCACGGGAAAUCCAACGUCACCCUUAAAUCUCUGUUGAUCAGCCAACAAUACAUCUUGGCAAUGAUCCUAUCCAUUCUUGAAUAUUUACUCGAGCUUUACUUUUUCCCGGAGUUAAAGGAGCACUGGUGGAUAAGCAAUUUCGGACUUUUAAUGGUUGUCGUUGGGGAAGUAAUAAGAAAGCUUGCUAUUAUAACAGCCGGACGCGCUUUUACUCAUCUUAUUCAAAGAUAUCAUGAGGAACAUCAUAAAUUAGUCACUCAUGGAGUUUAUAGUAUUGUUCGUCAUCCUGGGUACACGGGUUUCUUGAUUUGGUCAGUUGCUACUCAAGUUAUGUUGUGUAACCCUGUUUCAACCGUUGCUUUUACUGUAGUCGUGUGGAACUUUUUUCAUAGAAGAAUACCGUAUGAAGAGUACUUCUUGAGGCAGUUUUUUGGGGAAUAUGAGGAGUUUGCUAAACGGGUUCCUUCUGGAAUCCCAUUCGUGAAGUGAUCCCGUGCUUUGUUGCAAGCUUAAUGCUCUAACAACCUUUCUACCAUGGCUGCUUGAAGCUUUUGACAUGUAAGGCGUGUUUGUUUGUUGCUUAGAUGAUGUGUGAAACUUUUAUGUUUAACGGAUAUCGAAUUGUCAUGUAUGCUUCUUCUUUUUAGCUUGAAAAUUUGGGUUUAUUGAUAUGAAAUAUACAUAGAUUCCAUCGA